UCGAGCUGGAGAGAAAAAAAAAAGUUAUCCUUUUUUUGUCAAGUCAUUCACACCCAAUUCUCUAUCCAUCCAUCCUUGUUCUGUCUUUUCUGGUAGAAAUUGUUUUGGCUUUUAAUUUUGUUUGUUGGUAUGGGGCUUUGCUGGUCUUCUCCAUCUAAACCUCCUUCAAUAACAACAACAACACCUAGCUCUACCGGAAACAUCAGUUCAGGUCCAUUUAAGUCAACAACUACCGGAACAUCAAGAAGUACCAUAUCUAAUUUUAGUGGGUUCUCUGAGGCAAGUGGUGAAGAUGCUCACCCUGAAGGUCAGAUACUUCCCAAUCCAAACUUGAGGAUAUUCAACCUUGCAGAACUUAGAGCUGCAACGAGGAAUUUCAAAUCUGAGAAUGUUCUUGGAGAAGGAGGGUUUGGGAAAGUAUUUAAAGGCUGGCUUGAAGAGAAAGGCCCUGGGAGUCACAGUACUGGUUCUGUGAUUGCUGUCAAGAAACUUAACUCUGAAAGCUUCCAAGGCUUUGAGGAGUGGCAAUGUGAGGUAAAUUUUCUUGGGAGGAUUUAUCAUCCAAACCUAGUGAAGCUGUUGGGGUACUGCUUGGAAGGUGAUGACUUGCUUCUAGUGUAUGAGUAUAUGCAGAAAGGGAGCUUAGAGAAUCAUCUCUUCAGAAAGGGAUCUGUUGUUCAGCCGCUCUCAUGGGAGAUAAGGCUUAAGAUCGCAAUAGGAGCAGCUAAAGGCUUAGCGUUUCUGCAUGCUUCAGAGAAGCAAGUAAUCUAUAGAGACUUUAAAGCUUCAAACAUUCUACUUGAUGGUUCUUAUAACGCAAAGCUAUCAGAUUUUGGAUUGGCCAAGUUAGGUCCUUCCGAGAGUCAAUCUCACAUCACAACACGAGUUAUGGGUACACAAGGUUACGCAGCUCCAGAGUACGUUGCCACAGGUCACUUGUAUGUAAAGAGUGAUAACUACGGGUUUGGUGUUGUUUUGGCUGAGAUCUUGACUGGUUUACGUGCCCUUGAUCCUCUCCGUCCUACAGGGCAACACAACCUAACUGACUGGAUCAAACCUCACCUAUCUGAAAGAAGAAAGCUGAGGAGGAUAAUGGAUCCUCGUCUAGAAGGGAAGUACCCUUUCAAAUCAGCUUUCCGAGUAGCUCAGCUGGCUCUGAAAUGUCUUGAAACGGAACAAAAGAACCGUCCAUCGAUGAAAGAAGUGGUGGAAUCUCUCGAACUUAUAUUACUAGCUGCCAAUGAGAAACCCUUGGAGCGAAGGACCAAUAGAGCUUCCCCAAAAAACUUGAGAACAUUCGAAUGGGCUGUCCGGAGAGGCUUUAGCCACAUUACUCUUGCAUUAUUGACAUGUUUAGUCACAACGAUGGAACUAAUCAAGAAUCUUCCAGAAGAAGUAUAA